AUGCACCGACAACACUACAACACCAACCGCACCGACCGCACCGACAACACUGACAACACCGACCGCACCGACCACACUGACCACACCGACCGCACCGACCGCACCGACCGCACCGACCGCACCGACAACUCCGACAACACCGACCGCACCGACCGCACCGACAACACUGACAACACCGACAACACCGACCGCACUGACCACACCGACAACACCGACCGCACCGACCGCACCGACAACACUGACAACACCGACCACACCGACCACACCGACCACACCGACCACACUGACCACACCGACCACACCGACCGCACUGACAACACCGACAACACCGACCGCACUGACCACACCGACCACACCGACCACACCGACCGCACCGACCGCACCGACCGCACCGACCGCACCGACCGCACCGACCGCACCGACCGCACCGACCGCACCGACAGCACCAACAGCACCGACCGCACCGACAACACCGACCGCACCGACAACACUGACAACACCGACCACACCGACCACACCGACCACACCGACCACACCGACCGCACCGACAGCACCGACAGCACCGACAACACCGACCACACCGACCACACUGACCACACUGACCACACCAACCACACCGACCGCACCGACCGCACCGACCGCACCGACAACACCGACCACACCGACCACACCGACCACACCGACCACACCGACCACACCGACCACACUGACCACACCGACCGCACCGACAACACCGACAACACCGACAACACCGACAACACCGACCGCACUGACCACACCGACCGCACCGACCGCACCGACCACACUGACCACACCGACCGCACCGACAACACCGACAACACCGACAACACUGACAACACCGACCACACCGACCACACCGACCACACCGACCACACCGACCGCACCGACCGCACCGACCACACCGACCGCACCGACAGCACCGACCGCACCGACCGCACCGACAACACCGACCACACCGACCACACCGACCACACCGACCACACCGACCACACCGACCACACUGACCACACCGACCGCACCGACAACACCGACAACACCGACAACACCGACAACACCGACCGCACUGACCACACCGACCACACCGACCGCACCGACCGCACCGACCGCACCGACCGCACCGACCGCACCGACAGCACCGACAACACUGACAACACCAACCGCACCGACCGCACCGACAACACUGACAACACCGACCGCACCGACCACACUGACCGCACCGACCGCACCGACCGCACCGACCGCACCGACCGCACCGACAACACCGACAACACCGACCGCACCGACCGCACCGACAACACUGACAACACCGACAACACCGACCGCACUGACCACACCGACAACACCGACCGCACCGACCGCACCGACAACACUGACAACACCGACAACACCGACCGCACUGACCACACCGACAACACCGACCGCACCGACCGCACCGACAACACUGACAACACCGACAACACCGACCGCACUGACCACACCGACAACACCGACAACACCGACCGCACCGACCGCACCGACCACAACACUGACAACACCGACCGCACUGACCACACCGACAACACCGACCGCACCGACCGCACCGACAACACUGACAACACCGACAACACCGACCACACCGACCACACCGACCACACUGACCACACCGACCACACCGACCGCACUGACAACACCGACAACACCGACCGCACUGACCACACCGACCACACCGACCGCACCGACCGCACCGACCGCACCGACCGCACCGACAGCACCGACAGCACCGACCGCACCGACAACACCGACCGCACCGACAACACUGACAACACUGACCACACCGACCACACCGACCACACUGACCACACCGACCACACCGACCGCACCGACAACACUGACAACACCGACCACACCGACCACACUGACCACACCGACCACACCGACCGCACCGACCGCACCGACCGCACCGACCGCACCGACCGCACCGACCGCACCAACCGCACCGACCGCACCGACCGCACCGACCGCACCGACCGCACCGACAGCACCGACAGCACCGACCGCACCGACAACACCGACCGCACCGACAACACUGACAACACCGACCACACCGACCACACCGACCACACCGACCACACCGACCGCACCGACAACACCGACAACACCGACCACACCGACCACACCGACCACACCGACCACACCGACAACACCGACAACACCGACAGCACCGACCCACCGACCACACGACCCACCCGACCGACCGACAGCACCGACCACACCGACCGCACCGACCGCAACACGACCGCACCGACAACACUGACAACACCGACCACACCGACCACACCGACCACACCGACCACACCGACCGCACCGACAACACUGACAACACCGACCACACCGACCACACGACCACACCGACCACACCGACCCACCGACACACCGACACCGACACACACCGACAACACCGACAGCACCGACCGCACCGACCACACCGACCACACCGACCGCACCGACCGCACCGACCGCACCGACCGCACCGACCGCACCGACCGCACCGACAGCACCGACAGCACCGACAGCACCGACCGCACCGACCGCACCGACGACCCACCGACAACACGACCACACCGACCACACGACCACACCGACCACACCGACCCACCGACAACACCGACAACACCGACAACACCGACCACACCGACACACACGACCACACCGACCACACCGACCACACCGACACACCGACCGCACCGACCACACCGACCACACGACCGCACCGACCGCACCCGACCGCACCGACCGCACCGACCGCACCGACCGCACCACGACCGACCGCACCGACCGCACCGACAGCACCGACCGCACCGACCGCACCGACCGCACCGACAGCACCGACAACACCGACAACACUGA